AUGGAGUGGGAACUAGAUGAUAGCUCACUUGAAGUCUUAAAACAAGCUUUUGAAUGAAGCGACUAUGAUCAAGAUGGCAAAAUCAGGUAAAAUUAAUGCAGCCGAGAAGAUCUAAAGAUGUCCAGCGGCCUAGAGCGAGACGAAGAAGUGGAAGCAUUAUUCUUAGCGUUUAAAGAAUCUGCCGGAAAUUUUUCUAAUAAAGACACCGUUUCGUUCGAAGAAUUCUGCAAAGGAAUCAUCGAUUUUCCAUUUCUUCUUGAGCAGUUUAAACAAGAUUUCCAAGCAACAAAUUUAAGCAAAUCUCCAGCACAAGCAGAUAGUGAUGGUGAAAAUGAUAUUGGAAGAUAUGUACGAGAGUUGAGGACUUAUAAAUCCCAAGAAGGAAACGAUACAGAUACCAUGAUAUUUCUGUAUUCUGGGCUGCAAGAGUCCAUUAUGGACUUCAAUAACGCUUUAAAACUGCCUUAUACAUCAAUGAUCCCAAAUGAAGCUCAAACCCCUGAAGAACUUAUGGACACUUUGGCUGGACUUUUAAGCAAACUUCAAAUUAAAGCAAGACAAGAGAAUCAGUCAACGUUAUGAAAUGUGUCAUCUGGCUGCAGCCAUUUAUUAAAUUUAGUUAGAGAUGCUUUACAAUAUCAUGAAGAUUCUUCAAAAAAUGCAAAAAAUAAAUUAAGGGAAUCACAAUUAGCAUUUGACUCAUUAAAGCAGCACUGUGAAAGACUAGAAGAUUCUAAUAAAAUUUUGCUAUCACAGCUUGAUGAGCUUGAAGUUGAGUCAAAAGAGACACGAGCUCUACAUUCACAAACCUUAGCCCAAAAGCAAACCUUGCAAUAUAGACUAAGGCAAGCAGAGCAGACAAAAGAGGAAUCUCUAAACCAGAUGGAAAAGAUUAAAAGAGACAUUUCGGAGAAAGAAAAAGCAAUUUCUCAGCUUGAAAAAGAAUUGAGAAGGCUAAAUAGCAUGAAGAAAAUCCAAGAAAUCAGAGGAACCAUUGGAAAAGCUGCUGAAGAUAUGAAAAAACAGCAGGGAAUGAAAGACUAUCGACAAAGCAUGCCAACCACAAAGGUUGCGCCAAUGCUAUCACCAAGAAAUGUAGCCAAAGAGGAGGUUAAAGGGUUCAACGAUACCAGUGCCUCGAAGCUUAAAAGUAAAGAUGAAAGAAUCAAACGCCUUGAAAAUGAGUUGAGAAAGGCAAAUGCACAAGAAGUCAAGCUGAGGGAAGACCUGGAUUCAGUCAGAUCAGAAAAUAAAAAUUUGAUUUUUCGCCUGAAAGAAGCCCAGCUUUAUGCACAAGGAAAAAGAGAUUCUGUCUUGGAUGAAGAAAACAUUGAGCCUUCGUCGAAUUUAUAUGAAGAAAUGAAAAUGAUUGGAGAAAACUGUUAUACCGAAGGAAACGUCAGAGACUCAAGAGAGCCUCCAUAUAACCCUAUUGGAAUAAGCAAGGCUGAUACGUCGACUCAAACUUCAGAAAACCAGAAAAUUAUAGAGCCGAAGAAGGAAAAAGAUAGAUCAUCAUGCUUUUCGUGUUUUUAA